GGGGCAGGAGCAGAAGCAUGGUGAACUGAGUCAGGAGAAGGGUAAAGUUGAACCCCUGGCGUUUACACAUCAUGGAGAACAUCUUUGCGCACUGAUUGAUACACUACUGGUCUCUUUUGGAGAAAUCACUUAAGCUGACGUUCACAGUGGAUUUAAUGCGCUUUGGGUUUAUCUGUGGAGACAUGGAGUGAAGCACCGGUCAGGAAGGAUGCCCGAGCGAAGAUGUGCUCCAGCCGGAAGAUCAUCUGGAGUUUGUUGGUUCUGUCGGUGCUGGAGAUAGGGCUCGGGGUGUCCAGCAUCGUUCUGGGCGCGGUGGGCAUCAUCCGGGCGAAAGCGGAGCACAAGACCCAGCAGGGCGACGCUUCUCCUCUAUGGAGCGGAGUGUGUUUUCUUAUCUGUGGACUGUGUGGCAUGCUGUGUGCACGGAAAAGAACAGGACUGAUUAUGAUAUUAUUUUCCUCCUGCUGCAUUUGUGGAUUAAUUGGUGGAAUCCUGAACUUCCAGUUUGUCCGAGCGCUGGUCAAGCGUACAGACGCCAUGCACUCUCUUCAUUUGGCCGUCAUGUCUCUAGCAUGUCUGGGCAUCAGCAGCUGCACGCUGUCCACAUGGCUGACCUGCAGACUGGCCAGCAGCGAACAGCAGCGCAUGUUUCUGGAGAGAGAACAUUCACUACAUCACUCGCACGAAAUGGCAGAGAAGGAGGUUUUGGAUAACACCAGCAAUUGCAUCUCUCAAAUCUCCUACAAUGGACGUAGCGCUUCGCCGUGACAGCUCGCUGCCCACAUGCUCUUAACAGCACAGUUCUUCAGUCUGAUUGGCUGAGUCAGGCUGACAGUUCUUCAGUCUGAUUGGCUGAGUCGAGCUGACAGUAGAAGCACAGACGGUGUUCACAGGACAUAAUGUAGACAGAGCGUUAGAUAACAGUAUUGAGCAGACAGACAGCCAAUCAGUGUCCAGUUACCUGGUGACCUCAGGAGAGGUCAGAGCUGAUGACAUUGAUGAUCAGCGUACAGAAAACAGACAUUUGAGUACGAAAUAAGCAUGCAAAUGACCUUCUCUCUCUUUCUGUAUCUCGUUCUCUCACCUGUAUCUAGAUAAAGGGAAUGUUGAAUCUGAAAUUGUAAUCCUGAUAUUGUAUGGUAUACUGAAUGCUUUGAUCCUGAUCGUAUAAAUGCACACUGUUAAAUGCCUGUAAAGAUAUUUAUGAAUUUACAGUAUUUUUAUAUAGACGCUUCAUAUGAAAAUGAA